CGCAUUGGUUCUUGACUAGAGAAAAUACUUUUUUAAAUUUAAAUUAUUUUUUUUUUGUUAAAAUGUUUUAUGAAAUUCAAAUUUGUUUUAUUUUGUUAAAAUAUUAGCUAAAUAGGAAUGUUCGAAGUCUAAGAAUUAAUUUUUCUUGCUCGCCAUUGUUGACGCAAAUAUUCACGUAGCCUUCUGUUUCCAUAGCAACAUUUUCAGAGGCAGUAUGGAGUUCUUGCAGUGGGACAGUCGAGAUGUUGCAAGAUGGAUUGAGUCUUUAGGAUUUCCGCAAUACAAAGCUUGUUUCACUGAUAAUUUCAUCUCUGGAAGGAAGCUCAUUUAUGUAAACUGUAAUAAUUUGCCAAAACUUGGAAUAACAGAUUUUAAAGACAUGCAGGUCAUCUGUGCUCGAGUACGUGAACUGCUGGGGAUCACGGAAACCCUGUGGAGUCGCAGCAUCGCUGACCCCCGGCAGGACCCUGUGGCCCUGUUCUUAGAAAAAAAGAGCCGCACGGGAGAACAUGCUGAGGCCCUCACCUUCCAGCGGUUCCUGUAUGACUUCUAUCAGUGAAUCACAACAAGUAAAGAGCAAAGAGGAAAAAAAGAAAACAAAA